CUAAGCAUUGACCAAAUUCCGCCGAGUCCUUUUUUGAUCAUUUCCAAAUGAAUCAUAACCGAGUAGGGAGGACUUUCCUUUUUUCCCACGCCUGGACCAAUUUCUUGUCUCAAUGGUGGCUCAUCGAUCGGUCGUCAACAGGCUGCAAUUUAAUACUCCUAAUUUGCCCAUGAACGUUUCAAACCCGCGGCCUUCUUAACCCCGCACCCUUCCCCCAAUCCCCACUUGACCCACUUGGGAUUAUUCUGCGAUUCUCUUUGGAUUCUGUUUAGCCAAAUGAAGUUUCGAUCUCUUCUUUCUACUUGUUGUUCUUCUCGAUCGCUUAAUGCUAUGGAAAAUAGCUGGCACGAUAGACAAGAUAAUGAGGGGGUUCGUGUGUACUCUUACAACGAGCUUAAAUCGGCCACCAAUGGGUUUAGUGCGGCAAAUAAGGUGGGAGAGGGCGGAUUCGGCUCCGUUUACAAGGGUCGGCUUCGUGAUGGCAGGAAGAUUGCUGUGAAGGUGCUCUCUGUUGAGGUUGAAUCUAUGAGGGGUGAAAGGGAAUUCAUUGCUGAAUUGACUUCACUUUCUAAUAUCAGACAUGAAAACCUUGUUGUGCUUAAAGGGUUUCAUGUUGAUGGAUGUCAAAGAUACUUGGUCUAUGAUUACAUGGAAAACAACAGCCUUGCUCAUGCUCUUCAGGGUGUGGGGGAAAAUAGAAUGAGACUUAGUUGGCAAGCCAGAAAGGAUAUUUUGAUUGGAGUAGCUCGUGGGCUUGCCUAUCUUCAUGAGGAAGUCAACCCGCAUAUAGUUCAUAGAGAUAUAAAAGCUAGCAAUAUUCUUCUCGACCAUAAUUUUAUGCCUAAACUUGCGGAUUUUGGAUUGGCGAAGUUGUUUGGAGAGAACCUUUCUCAUGUUAGUACUCGUGUUGCUGGCACAAUCGGAUAUCUUGCUCCUGAAUAUGCUGUUAGCGGGCAUUUGACACGAAAAUCAGAUGUCUAUAGCUUCGGAGUGUUGUUGUUGGAGAUUGUCAGUGGGAGAGCAACUGUCGAUUUUGAUAUGGAACGUGGCGAACACCACUUGGUUCAGAAGGUAUGGGAUCAUUACAACACGAACGAGCUAGUAAAAUUGAUAGACCCGACACUUGACACAAACAUCCGGGAAGAAGAGGCUGUUCAGUUUAUGAAAAUUGGCCUACUGUGUGUGCAAGAAAACACAACGAAACGACCACGAAUGUCUGUUGCUGUAAGUAUGUUGAUGAGGGAGACCGACGUUAAAGAUCAUAAGAUUUCACAACCAGGACAUAUUAUCGACUUCAUGGACAUUAAGAUGGAUAAAGGAACUUCAUCAACCAGUAUUUUCUCAAAGGUUUCAACACCAAAUAGCAUGUAAAGCAUUGCUCAUCUCAGGGUAAAUGAUUCUGAUCCCAGUUGGAGUCUUUUGAAUUUAGUGUGUGUACAUAGAGAAUUUGGUAGAAGCUCUUACAUUGUUUUUCCACCCAAAAGUUCAUUGAGGGUUGGUAUCAUAGCAUGGGUGAAUAACAGAGAUAUGUGCAGAGUUUUGUUUCUUUCUUCC